AUGCAGUUUGAUUUCAAAAACAUAAACGUCGUCCCAAUCGGAAACGAGUUCGUCGACCUCACCCUUUCCCGCGUCCAUCACCAGACUCCAACUAUUCUCCUCCGCAAGGGCUUCGAAAUCAGCCGUCUCCGUCAGUUCUACACUCGCAAAGUGAACAAGACGGAGCUCUGCUACCGCGAUAAGCUCUCCGCCAUCCUCGACGAAUUCCCACGCGCCGACGAAAUCCACCCCUUUUUCAGUGACCUUCUUCGCUCGGUUUUCGAUAGAGAUCAGUAUAAGUCCGCUCUAGGUCAAGUCAACACCGCGAGGCAUCUGGUUUCCAGAAUCGGCGACCAUUACGUAAACCUACUCGAGUUCGCUGAGUCGCUAACGCCGUGCAAAUCCUUGAAAGCGAGUGCUAUUGCAGAUAUGUAUAGCGUUGUAAACGAAAUCACUCCGAGUUUGGCUUAUCUAGAGCAGCUCAGGCAACACAUGGUGAAGCUUCCUUCGAUUGACCCAAAUUCACCAUCUCUCUUGGUUUCUGGGUACCCUAAUCUGGACAAGACUCGGUUUUUGAGAAGAAUCAGUAACGAAGGUGGUGAUGAUUUCACCACAGGAUCAGUCAAUUUCGCUGUUGGUCAUACUGAUUACGAGGAUUUGAGGUACCAGGUGAUUGACGCGCCUGGGAUUUUGGAUAGGCCUUUAUCUGGAGACUGCCGUGUAAUCAAAGCAUUGGCUUGUCAUCUUCGAGCUUCUCUUGUGGUGUUCUUUCUGGAUGUUUCUGAGUCGUGUGGCUACAGCAUUGCGCAUCAGGCCGUUUUCUUCCACAGCUUAAAGUCUCUGUUUUCGAACAAACGGUUGUUGAUUGUGUGCGACGAGGCUGAUUUGGUGCAAAUAGAUGAACAAGAUUGGGAUCUGAUUGAAGAGAUGGUUAGUGGAAUGGGACCAAGUGGAGAUGAAGAAGAAGAAGAGGUGGGAUUGGUGAUUAGUAAUCUGAGGAGUGAAGAGGGUGUGAUGUUCGUCAAGAAUGCUGCCUGCGAGAGGCUAUUAGAUGGCAGGGAAAGACUGAUCAGUUGCGUAGCUGAGACCAAAGCUGAGUUUUUGAGGAACAGAGACAUCUUGGCUCUUGAAGAAUGGAAACAAGACAUAAUUCCUGAUGAGGAUCAUAAAGAUUCCGACUUUAUGGCUGGUUCAGGCGUUUUGUUUAGGCUUAGAGAGUUGGGGCGUGAAGAAGAACUCAAGCAGGCUGAGGAAGAAGAAGAUGAUGAUUUUGUGAUGGCCGAGGAACGUUUUAACCUCGAGCAGGCUGAGCAAGAAGAAGAAGAAGAAGAUUUUGUGAUGGCCGAGGAACAUUUUAAACUCAAGCAGGCUGAAGAAGAAGAAGAAGAAGAUGAUGAUUAUGAAGAAGAAGAGGAAGAGGAAGAAGAAGAAGAAGAAGAAGAAGAAGAAGAAGAAGAUGAUUGUGUGAUGGCCGAGGAACGUUUUACAGAGAAUCACAAGGGUCAACUUGUAUCCAUUCGCAAGUUUCAACCCUUGCGGAUGUUAGUAGCCUUGGCUUUUGUUAUACUUGUAGGGAAUACUUAUGGAGCCAUUCAACAAUGUCUCUCAGCUUUAAGCUUUUGA